AUGCGUUCAACUAGUUCUGGCAAAAGAGCAAAUUUUGGCAACAAAAGGGCCAAGUGUAGGACAAAAAUAAGAAAGAAGACCAAAAGAGAUGAAAGCUCUUCGGAUUCGCAAGUUUCAUCCUAUGAUAGUGACUCCUCAAGAGACAAGGACGAUGAUAUCUGUUUUGUUUGUGGGGAGUUCGGAAAAGACAACGAAUUAUGGUUUAGAUGCACCGUAUGUGUAAGAGGACUUCACCACUUCAAAGCAUUAAUCAGAAACAACUUUUCAAGCCGCCACUCAGAAUCUGCCAAUUGUGAAGAUGAUGAAUCAAAAAAUGUCAUAGUGGCGGUAAAAAAAUGCAUCACUCAAGAUGUGGUAGUGCCUACAAGUACGGAUUUGUGUCCACUUCCAAAAGAAGUACCUAACCAAGCACUGCAAUAUAUAAGUAAACUUAGUUUAGGAUAUGUGAGCAGUUUUAUGACCAAGUAUGAGAAUUAUGAUGUGGAAGAGGAGGAGCUCGUUACAAACCCUACGGUCUCAAAUAAAUAUGAGACCUUGAAAUCUAACCUCAUUAAACAGCUAUCGAUUUCCCAAGAACAAAAGCUCCAACAGCUGCUGGAGCAUGAAGAGCUAGGCGACAGAAAGCCCUAUCAAUACCUUCGAUACAUUAAGAGCCUUGCUGAAACAGAUAUACCAGACAGCCUCCUCUUGGUGGAUGUACACAGACAACAGCUGAUCGACUCGGUCACUGGACUAACAACAGCUGCAGAAAAUGGUAAAGGAGGAAUUCAAGCCAUGAAGUCUAUUUCUGGAACUUCAGCUUACCAUAAGUUGCUUAGCAGAGACCCAGAAAUAACUAAACCAGGGAGCGACACCACUUCACGAAACACCAUAUCCGUACCAGCCCCGGACCCCCUGUGA